UGAAAGCAAUACUAUGGCCAUGCAGACCGAGUGCCCAAGACCUGACUCAGGGACAGAAUGUGCGACAGCCUCCGAGGUUGAGAUGGUGGAUCUCAUCAACUCCAAGGGACAUGGCUUCAGGUGUUAUCAGUACGAGGGUAUAUAUUGGAGUUUGUGGCCUCGUCAGAUAUCCAAAGGGAAGGACCCAAUUGAGGAAUUCAAGCGUCUCAAAGAUUGCACUAUGGAAGAAGAUGACAUCAUAAUAUGCGCUUAUCCCAAGUGUGGAACCCACUGGUUGUGGGAGAUUAUCGAGAUGCUCAAAAGUGGAAUCAUUCGGAAUACGAAGGAGGUGAAGGAGACCAAAAUGAUAGAGUUCAUACAAAAAGACGGAAUCGAAACUAUGCAAAAGCCGAAGAUACUGAAUACACACCUUCCUCUUCGCAUGCUCCCAACACAGAUUGUAGAGAAGAAGAUCAAAUGUAUCCAGAUCAUGCGCAAUCCCAAGGAUGUUUGUGUAUCCUUUUUCAACCACAAAAAGGACAUAUUAUCUUCCAUUGGAUAUGAUGGGGACUUCGUGGAGUUCACAGAGGCGUUUUUAUCUGGGAAAUUGCCGUUUGGAUCCUACCACAACUACCUGCUGACAUGGCAGAAAGAGGCAGCCAGAGAACCAAACCUACCUGUGCUCACCCUGCACUAUGAGGCCAUGAAGCUGGAUCCCUUCAACUGUAUACAAGACAUUGCCACCUUUCUAAAUAUUACUGUCACUGAUACCUUCUGUAAAGGUAUAGCCGAGGCGUGCAGCUUUGAUAAAAUGAAGCAGUUUGACAAAGAGGAGAAACACCAGCCUUUGACACUGUGGAAGGAGGGUUCCGGAGGGUCCUUCUACAGAAAAGGUGAAGUUGGGGACUGGAAGAAUUGGUUCACGGUUGCAGAGAACGAGAAAUUUGAUCAUAUUUGGAAUGACAAAAUGGAGGACACUGGUAUUAAAUUCAUGUAUACAUUAUGAUGCGAAGGUUCAUUGACUGGUUUGUCAAAUCGGCGUUCAAACACUGUAGCAGCUGUUCCAAAAGCUAUUCAGGGGAGGACAUGGUUGGUGACGAGAAUAUAUAUAACCUGAAGACACAUUUCUAUUUUAUUAGUUUUUGCAGAUAGGUUUUUGUGUGGUCCAACAUGUAACGUGUCUUGUCUGUGUUUAAUGGAUGCUUGUUCUUCCACAGGAUGGCACCUUUCAGAUUAAUGUAAGUGGGGUCGGGUGGUCCUUAUCUCUGUAUAAA